AUGCUAAGCCGAGCACAUCCAGCAGUUAUUGAAACAAUCGAUCACAAAGGAGUAAUUAGAAGCCGGGAAGUUAUCCAAGGUGGUGAUGCAGGCGGCGUUUAUGUACCAAAACGAGUUGGUAACGAAGAUCCUAAUAUUCAUUAUGGUGUAGUAAUCGAUUGUGGAAGUAGUGGAUCUAGACUGUAUAUUUAUAUAUGGCCAGAACAUUCAGGACAAGAAAAUGAAUUAUUACAAAUAAAACAGUUACUUGAUAAGCAAGGAAAUCCAGUUGUGAAGAAACUAGAACCAGGUCUCUCGUCAAUGGCAAAAACACCAGGAAAUGCAACUGAAUAUUUGAUAUCAUUACUAGAUUUCGCUGCGGAAACUGUUCCAUCAGAUAAGCAUCGGGAAACACCAUUAUAUAUCUUGGCAACCGCCGGUCUUCGCUUUUUGACUCCAAACGAACAAAAAGCAUUACUAGAAGAUUUAUUCAAUGACAUUGUUCAAAAUUAUCACUUUCAAAUUGAAAAAACUCAUAUUCAAGUUAUUCCCGGAAAAUUAGAAGGUAUUUAUAGUUGGAUAGCAAUUAAUUAUGUACUUGGUCGUUUCCAGAGCAAUACUACAGAUUCCAUAUCUGUCACUAGUGGUCAAACAAUAUCUAUUUCAAAAAAAAGACCAUCAACUGUCGGUAUUCUUGAUAUGGGUGGUGCCUCAGCUCAAAUAGCUUUCGAAGUUUCACCAGAUAUACCAGUAGAAGGUGAAGAAAUAGCAGAAUUUUCGCUAGGGUACGAUGAAAAUCAAGAAAUAUUUAAAUACAGAAUAUAUGUCACAACAUUUCUUGGCUACGGUGCAAAUAAAGCAUUUGAAAAAUAUAUUGAUCGAAUCAUUUCAAUAGCUCUUAAAUCUUCACCAUCAAAUUCAACUCAUAUUCUAAUUGAUGAUGCUGAUUGUUUACCUCAUGGUUACACAGCUAAUUAUACACGAUAUAAUAAAACAAUAACAAUAAAAGGAGAAGGUGAUUUUCAUAGCUGUGCAAAACAUUUAGUCACUUUACUUAAUUUAAAUACAACAUGCAAAAAAAAGCCAUGUUCACUUAAUGGAAUUUAUCAACCGAGAAUUAACUAUGAAUCUCAAGAUUUCUAUGGUUUUUCAGAAUUUUGGUAUACCAUGGAAGAUGUUUUAAAAAUCGGUGGACCUUACGCCCGAUUAGCUUUUCUCAAUGCCUCGACUGCAAAAUUAUUACUAUUUCCAAAAGCUGACUUAAAUCGUGUAUUAUUACAAUGCUUUAAAUCUGCUUGGCUUUAUGCAUUUCUUCAUGAUGGGCUGAAAUUUCCUGUUAAUUAUCAACGUUUACGUUCAGCUUCACUAGUUAAUAAUAACGAUGUUCAAUGGACAUUAGGUGCUAUUUUAUAUAAAACUCGUUUUCUUCCAUUGAGAACAAUUAAUCAAGUUAAAAGUACUGUACAUUAUCGAAAGAGUCAUACUGAUUCAACAGUAAUGAUUAUUUUAAUAUGUUCAAUGCUGUUCAUAUGUGUGCUGAUGUUCUAUGGGAAAAUAUUACGAACUAAAAUUCUAUCUUUAUUUAUUCGCCGUAGUAGUCUUUAUUCAUCACCAUCGAAUAGUAAUUUUAAUCAACGUUAUCAAUUGUUAACAUCAGUUAUUAUUGAUGAUUCACCAUCAUUAUCAAAUAUAUAUUCCAACGGAAAAUCAACGUCAUCAUAUUCAUACAAUGGACGGUUAAGAAGUGUUUGA